AUGGAAAACAGCGACUUUUUCUCCGACGAUCCCCUCGUGCAGCAAGCAGCCCAGGUUGUGUUUGAUGUAGUGGACGGGAUAGAGGACCCGCACACCGGGGCCGAGCGCAUCGAUGCCAUUAUCCGUCCAUACUUCUUGACUCCCGAGAAAGAGCGGAAUGGGGAUAAACCUCUAGAGCCGUUUUGGUUGGAGGUAAUUUCGACUGCCGCUGUCACGCGCUACGAUGAUGAAGGGCAGGAUCGAUUGAUUAAGCUCAUGUGCGCUUUGAGUCGGCUGACACCGAUCAUUAUCGAUGAGGAGGAGGAGAAGAUGAGGAAGAAGAAGAAUCAGGGGGGCGGGCUUCCUGAAAUUGAUCCCGAUCCGACGGCCAAGUGCUGCGGACUCCUCCACCUUCCACAGGAUGCCCGGUGUCCCUUGAAACUCGGCGACAAAGACAAGCCGAAGGAUGAUGAAUGGAUCGCGCAAGACCUCAAUCUGGACUCCUUCAUGGCUAGAGUCCUCGGACAUCAGCUGCGGCCGUGGAAGGAGUUCGCCAUCUGGCAGCUGCGGUCCGCGCUCGAGUGGCCCCAUGUAAACCCCCGUCUCGUCGAUCACCAUCUUGCUAUCGUACGUGAAUGGAUUCUCCAUGCGGGCUACGAGCUGUAUCGCCAGCGGUACGAAGGCUUUCUCGAAGCGGACAGGAUGAGGCGCACAAUGCAGGGGCCUCUCUACCGUGCCACAGGUGGUAGGGCGGAUAUCCCCCGCGAGCGGUGGAUCUUCUGGAAAGAACGCAUUGCGGAGCUCGCGAAAUUCGCCUCCGAUGACUUUCAGAAGACCGCGGCGGCCCUGGUGGAUCGGAUGAACAAAAUUGAGGAGGAUCUGCAGGAUAUCCCAUUGUCGCAAAAGGCAAGCGGGUCUCCCUUAUGGCUACAAACAUCUAGAGCCCCACAGCCGAUCGAUCGCUCCGAUCAACGAACGGCACCCCCCAAUAUCAACCCCGACCCCAAGUCCGAAGCCGGUACGCUGCGCGAUAACACAUCGGAUACCCAGCUGCUCAAUACCUGGAGCUUGAACAUUAGGGGUUCAUCGGUGGCCCUCACAAGAGUCUUGCAUGGUGUCUCAACGCCUGGCAUUAAACUCGCGCGACUUCCUUAG